AUGACAACAAAAAACAACUACCUCCUCCUCUACAACACCCUCUCCUCCACCCUCUGGCUCCGCAUCUUCCUCGGCGUCACAGCCGCACUCCUCUCCCCAAAUCAACCAUCCACAGAUAUCAAUGUAUACCCUCACCUCGAACCCUGGACAAGAUGGACCCAAACCCUCGCCAUCGUAGAGAUCCUCCACGCCGCAACAGGAAUCACCCGCGCUCCCGUCUUCACGACCUUCACUCAGAUCUUCACACGCUGCGUCCAAGUCUGGGCCGUGAACUACCAGUAUCCCGAGCCGACGGCGUCGUCGCCCGCCUAUACGGCUCUCCUGCUGGCCUGGUCCGCGGCGGAUGCGGUCCGAUACUCCCUCUUCAUUGUCCUGUAUCCAGUUGGGAUCGGGAGUGAGUGGUGGUUGAUGUACAAGGCUGCUGCUUCCACGGUCAACCCCAUAGGUGCUGUGGUUUUCUACUUCUGCCUUGCGCUAUAUGUUCCUGGCGCCUUCAUGAUGUACUCGUACAUGCUUAAGCAGAGGCGCAAGGCUUUGAAGUGUGAGUAG